GUGUGUGGCUGAGACUUUGCGUACACUUUUUUUCACGAGCCAACGGAACUUUCGUCCACUGAAAAAUUGAAAAAAAUAUUUGGACUAGCCUCGAAUAAACGUGUUAAAAGUUCAGUUUUAUGUUAAGAAAAACCGUAACCCAUUCAAUUAGAAAGAUGUCUUACAAAUUAGUAGCCUUAGGUAAUCCAUUGUUGGAUUUACAAGUCAAUGUCGAUGCUGAAUACUUGAAAAAGUAUGAUUUAAAGGAAAAUGAUGCUAUUUUAGCUGAUGAAAAGCAUUUACCAAUUUAUGAAGAAAUUUUAAAUAAAUCUGGUUUAAAUUUACUUGCUGGUGGUGCUGCUCAAAAUACUGCUAGAGGUGCUCAAUAUAUUUUACCAGCUAAUUCUGUUGUUUAUUUUGGAUCUGUUGGUAAAGAUGUUUAUGCUGAAAAAUUAACUGAAGCUAAUAAUAAAUAUGGUUUAAGAACUGAAUAUCAAAUUCAAGAUGAUAUUGCUACUGGUAAAUGUGCUGCAUUGAUUAAUGGACCUCAUAGAUCUUUAGUUACUGAUUUAGCUGCUGCUAAUCAUUUUAAAGCUUCUCAUUUAGAUUUACCAGAAAACUGGAAAUUAGUUGAAGGAGCUUCUCAUUAUUAUAUUGGUGGUUUCCAUUUAACUGUAUCUCCUGAAGCUAUUGCUAAAUUAGGUAAACAUGCUGCUGAAAAUAAUAAAGUUUUCGCUUUAAACUUUUCUGCUCCAUUCAUUGCUGAAUUCUUUAAAGAUCCUUUAGACGCUUCUUUACCAUAUGUUGAUUAUGUUAUUGCCAAUGAAUCUGAAGCUGAAGCUUAUGCUAAAUCUCAUAACUUAGAUGUUGAUCCAAAGGAUGUUGUUGCAAUUGCUAAGGAAGUUGCUAAAUUACCAAAGGUUAAUACUAAAAGAGCUAGAACUGUAGUUUUCACUCAAGGUACUCAACCAACUGUUACUGUUACUUAUAAUGCUGAAACUAAAGACUUUGAAGUCAAUGAAUACAAAGUUAGAGAAUUACCAACUGAUAAAGUUGUUGAUACCAAUGGUGCUGGUGAUGCCUUUGCUGCUGGAUUUAUUGCCGGACUUGUUGAAGGUAAGACUGUUUCUCAAUCAGUUGAUCAAGGUCAAUGGGCUGCUGCCUUAUCUAUUCAAGAAGUUGGUCCAUCAUUCCCAUUCCCAAAGCAAGCUUAUACUGCCUAAGUACAAAUAUCCUUUGAGAUUUGAUAUCCCUAUGAUACUAGUACUUGUUUUUAUUCCUUAUUUCUUUUUUUUUCCUUAAUUCAUUCAUUCAACAUGGUUCACAAAAUACAAAUUUGCUAUUUUUAUUUCUUUAUCGCUACUUUUGGUUACUUAGACACGGGGAUUAUCGGGCAUCUUUUAACUUAUAAACAAGUUAAUCAACUAUAUACACUCAUAAUUACAUAGACUGCAAAAAUUCAACAUUUUGCUAUAUAUUUCUUCUCAAUUAGAUCACUAAUUAUAUGGAUUUAAUUGAGCAAUAAUUGUAGUAAGCGUACGCUGGUACAUUGGGCAUACCUUUAGUUAGCGUACGCUGUCGGCUUGUAAAAAAAUAAAAAAAAAAAUAAAGUCGUCGAGAUGGGCCGAGAUGCUGAAAAAUUAUUUGCAACUUUAUAGGUGGAAAGGUAGG